GUCCGUCACUGCAACUGCUCUCACGGACAUUCUGUCGCUAACCUUGACUGGCCCUCCUACCCACUACCAGUACUUUCCACCUUCCAUCCUAGAGGUAGAACUGAACAGACCACCAUCAUCACAUCCACAUCCACAUCCACAUCCACCUAGUGUAAUAUCCAACUACUACCAACUGAUCCAUCCACUUCAAACUUAACGUACGACUGGACUCAUCGCCAUCGUCGCUCACCCGAGACUCGAAUCACGUCGCUCCGCCGUCUCCAAAGUCGCAAUAAAUCCGACUCUCGAUCGCUCGUUUUAAGGCACCCCCCUUGUCCCACGGCCGCCGAUUCCUUCUUUGUGUUUUCAUUCUUUGCCACACAGCCGCGGCCCAAUACCAUCUCGAGACAUCGCCAUCUGCGCAAUUCACCAUGGCUACACGUGCGGCACACAAGCGCUUGACGCGCGAAUACAAAUCCAUCACCGAGAACCCCCCGCCGUACAUCACUGCCCACCCCUCCGAGUCCAAUAUCCUGGAAUGGCAUUACAUCAUCACAGGACCCGAGAACACUCCCUACCACGGCGGUCAAUACUGGGGCACGCUCAUCUUCCCGCCCAACUACCCCUUCGCUCCUCCUGCGAUCCGUAUGCACACUCCUUCCGGCCGCUUCACACCCUCGAGCCGACUAUGUCUCUCCAUCUCGGAUUUCCACCCCAAAUCCUUCAACCCUGCAUGGGAAGUCUCGACGAUCCUUAUCGGCCUACUAUCAUUCAUGACCUCCGAAGAGAUGACGACGGGCUCCGUCUCGGCCACCGAAACAGAACGCAAGUUUCACGCCGCGCGCUCACGAUGGUGGAACUCGACGGGCGGCGGCUCCCAUCUCCGACCGAACGGCGCAGCCGGGAAAGGCAACGUCAAGGCUGGCGAUGGGGGCGCCAAGUUCAGGUCGGAGUGGCCCGAGGUGGACGCCGAGAACUGGAGGUGGAUCAAGGAAAACAACAUUGACCCAGCGACGGGGAACAGGCCGGAGCCGGUGAACGCGUCGUCAUGCGGACCUCAGCUAGGUAUCGCUGGCAGCAGCGGUGGUCAGGCUCACGCUGUUGUGGACGUGGUUAUGCAGCAAAGAGAUGCGGGUCAGGGGUGGAUGUCGAGGCAUAAGUGGCUGCUGGCGGGAUCCUUUUUCUUCUUUUACGUAUUGAUGGUGAGGAUCUUUGGCGAGGCUUGAGGGAUGAGAAAUCCUGGGGGGAGGGGGGACUAGCAAGCAGAAGGAACGAUCACUAUCAGCGAAGGAUACCCUGCAUUAUCCGACAAUACCACCGAACAUCCGAAACGAACUUCAAGUCGCGGCCGUCAGUCAGUGGAUUGUUGGAGAUCACGACGUCCAAUUAUUCCCAUAUGGAAUACAGUUUUCUUCUUUCAUAUAUACACACAAGCAUCGGCGUUUCGGGAGAAGGGGGGGCAGUGCAGGCCGUGGACAGGAUCGUUAGCGUACGUGAUUACAUCACGGGCAUCAUCAGCGUUGGACAUACAGGCAGGCUAGGCGAGAAGAAAGAGACCACAACGUAACUGCAAUUUCCAACAAUACCAAAACCAAGACCAAGCCCAAGAGCAAAAGUGACAGGGUUCCCGGAGCAAAAAAAAAAAAAAGUACCGGAGUUGGACUGGAGAACUGGAGCAUGGGCGCAGUUCAUCACGUGUGUGACUUGAGCAGAACGAGAGGAUUGAAUGAAUGGAUUGUCCAAAAAGACCGAUGAGUGAUGUAUCACAUCGGACAUACUUAGUCGGGGGAAUUGGACACGUCGUUCCUUCAUCAAGUGUCUCAGCUUCCUCAACCUAUCUUAUCUCACACAGAUAUCCUCCCAAUCAACAAUCAUACCUACCUAAUUACAUGAAUUUGAGCGAUAAUAGUACACCAACUAAUCAAGCGAAGAAGUCGACAUCUCGCUCUCUCUCAUCUCUCUCUAUCCCAAAAUCUCUCGAAAUUGCGUGAAUGGAGC